GUUUAGACACUAUUUUGUAAAUGAUUACUCCCAUUCAUGCGUACACCCCGCUGUUUUAAUUUGAAGUUCUCCCUUCCGGUCGUGCAAACAGCUGGACGCAGCUGUGUGCGCUCACCCCUCCAUCCAGCCAAGGCGCGCAUCUCCUGUUCGCUCACAGCCGCCCGGGGGACUGAAGACGCGGAUUGAAGCGGUGGAGACACUUCAGCGCACUUUCACAACUUCUUCUACCUCCGCCUGCCUCAUCGCCUCCCUCUCAUAACUGUCACAAUUGCCCUCCAGCGCGGCUCGUCGGGUUUUCUGGCGUCCGUCGGUCCACGCGCGGCCCGGAGGAAGUGGUCCGUGGUCUUUGCGGUGACCGCCGUCGCCAUGGUUCUCCUGGCUCUGACCAUCGCUGUCCCCCUGCUGCUCCUCCGCUCCCCGGACACCUCCGCUCACUACUAUGAGAUGAUGGGCACCUGUCGGAUGGUCUGUGACCCGUACAGCCCCAAACCGGGGGGAGCCACCGCCAUGGAGGUGAGCCAGAAUGUGAACGGGGUUGCUCCCCUGCCGCCGAUGGCACAAGGGACGCGCGGCGAGCCGGGGCGACCCGGUAAGCCCGGACCCAGGGGUCCUCCGGGGGAACCUGGACCCCCCGGACCGAGGGGACCGCCGGGAGAGAGGGGGGACAAUAAACUGGCGUUCACCGCUUUAGCUGGAGCUGCUGGAGCUGCGGGAGGGGACACCGGUGAUGGAGACGGCGCAAACUCCACAAUGAGCGGCUACAGGAUCGCUUUUUACGUGGGGCUGAAAAACCCACACGAGGGAUAUGAGGUGCUCAAGUUCGACGACGUGAUCACAAACUUGGGAAACCACUAUGACUCGAGCACAGGGAAGUUCACCUGCCAUGUGUCCGGGAUCUACUUCUUCACCUACCAUGUGCUGAUGCGCGGAGGGGAUGGCACCAGCAUGUGGGCCGACCUGUGCAAAAACGGACAGGUCCGGGCCAGUGCAAUAGCUCAAGACGCAGACCAGAACUAUGACUACGCCAGUAACAGUGCUGUGCUACACUUGGACUCUGGAGAUGAGGUUUAUGUUAAAUUGGAUGGAGGAAAAGCUCAUGGAGGCAAUAACAACAAGUAUAGCACCUUCUCUGGUUUCAUCUUGUACCCUGAUUAAACCCGCUAACACAGCAAGCGCUUUGGACUGAAAUAAAGGUUAAUUAUGUUGUUCUUCUUUUGCACACCUGUUCAAGUUUACAGACUCAUCUGAACCUAUAUGCUGUAAAAAUCAUAUUGAAGGAGUUUUGUAUAUGAUCCAUAUUUAUUUGAACUGAAGUUUAAAUAUAUUAAUAUAAAACUGUGUGUGAGAAAUUUCAUGUUCCAGAUUUACAGAACGCCAUAAAUGAUCUUGGAGGAAAUGUUCCUGGUUUAACUCUAAAACCAUUUGAGGACAAUAAAAGGCCUCAAAGGUUAUUGAUAUUUUGCUGAUGGGUUCUAAGGCACCUUGUGUAAUAACAGCAAUAUUUCAAAGGAAGCGCAAAAGCAUGAAAGUACUGCAAGAGAGUCACUAUUUAACAGUUGACUCUAAACAUUAUUUUUUUUUUUUUGGCAAAUGACAGUUUCAAAGAGAUGAAGAAUUUGCCAAUUGGUUAUGUAUGGUGUAAAUUGGCUUAAGUAACAAAAAACCCAACCAAUUGUUUUCCUUGUGAAGACACUUUAAAACCAUUUAAAAAAAUAUUCAGAACAGCUUUGAUUUAGCUAGUAAGCUAAGAGCUAUUGUGAUUGUGUCUUUAGGAAAUAAAACGUUGAACUAACUGGACACAAUAACUAUCUUUCUUUCAUUUAAGUUGUAUUGAAAUGAUUAGAUUAGUCAUAUUUGGUUUAUAAUUGGAGUUUGGAUUGACAUCAACAUCUAGUUGUAUGGAUGAGGAAUAAAUAAAUACAACAGGUAGAUUAAUAAAGAUAUAAUACAGCUUUUUAAAGGGACAUCAGCGCUACACGGCAUUUGUUUUUCUUAUAAAAACAGUGUUCUUGGACUUGUGUGAUUGUUGCAUCUAAAUCAAAACAUCUCCAGAACAAAGUAGAAAACUUUUCACAUGCAUGCUAGUUAUCAAAAAUCCCCAUAGCAGCUUUUUUCCCUUCCAAUUCAAGUUGAAUUUGGUCAGAUUAAUCUCAUUUAGCUAAGUACGCUAGCUUUUUUCAAAAAUACAUUUAUAAAAAGAUUCUUUAAACUUGCUAAAACCUUGCUACCCUCAAAUAAAUGCAAGAAUAGGGACUAAGUUUGUUUGAAAAAAACAAACAUUCUAUGUAUCUUGUGGUUAGCUUAUUAGCCAAAUUAACACUGUUCUUAAUAUGUUUGUCCAGGUUUCAGGCGACUGUCAAAGUUUAAAAAAAAACAUUUACAGGAACAAAAAAAAGAUAUAGUGUGUUGUAAAUGUUCCUUUCCCACAUAAUAUUAUUUCUAUGUUUAAGCAGUUUGAUUUGUUUUUAUCCCUGUUGAGCCAAAUACAAUUAAAUGUACUAUAAGAUACGGAGAUCACUCUAGAGUUUAAGUUGUUUUUUUAUGUCCAUUAUAGAAUAUUAAAAGGAAUGCCAAUAAAGCAUCUCAAAUUCUCCCUUUUCAUUAUAUUACAGUAAGACUUGAAGCCAGCAUUUGUUUAUCUUUAGCCAUUCAGAAAGAUUAUGCACAUUCUGUUUGAGCCAAAAUAUAUGAUAUGUGAUUUAAAGGUUAAAUCUGAACAAAUGGGAUUGUAAGUGACAGAAAAUAAAUCUUUAGGUUUUUACAUUAUAAUGCAGCAGGGAUACUGUAUCAUGUAUGCAUUUGUGUUUCUGUAUGCUGGAGAUCAUUAAACAUAUCUAUGUUGGUUUUUUUCUUCAUAUCUCAUGCUGGAAGCCAGGGAGUAGUGAAUUUGGAGACAAGUCAGUAGCCUAUAGAUUUGAGGAAUAUUAAAAAAGGUAAAGCAUGCAUGUAUUCUUAAAACAUUACAUAAGCACCACUCUAAGCCAGUUUUGCAAUGUGCUGAAAUUUGGAAAUUGUAUCACUAAACUGCAAAAGCUGAACUCAACAGAGCUAAUAUUCUGAAUGCAUUAAAAUGAUACAAGAAGAUGGCUACUAGGAUUGCUGCAGCAUGCCACACUGUGCUGAUUUGUGUAGUGGUCUGUCUUUAACAAAAUAACUAUUCUAACUAAAACUGUUGUCAUGUUCUGUUCUUGGUUGAUUUGUUCUCAUAUGUACCAAUAAACAACUUUAAAAUGUU